UGGAGAGUGUUGGAUCUGAGUCCCCAUAGUUGUGUUUGGCAAAUUGGCGACUUGGGUUGUCUUCUUCUUAGUACUCCUUCCUUGCAAUUGUGGUACCAUUCAUUACCUGGUUAUUCCCAUAUUCCUUAUUCUUCACCAUUGGUAUUGGUAUUGCUUGCGAGUGAGAGAGAGAGAGAGAGAAUGUCAUGAUAAAUGUCAUGAAGGAACUGCCUUGCUAUUCUUCUGCCAAUCUCAGCCGCUUCAUUGCUGGCCUUCUCAUCUUCCUUCUUUAUAAUUCUUACCAAUUAGUCGCCAAGAUUCCUAUACACCCUUUUUCUUAAACCAAACCAAACCAAACCAAUUCCCAAUUCCCUUUUACUGUUCCAUAAUUCCCUGUUCCGAUGGACCCCAAAGAUCCGUUCUUUACUGAUUUGAUUGACGACUCAAUUCCUUCUCGCAUUGAGAGGCAGCACAAUGCAUCAUCAUGGCCUUCUGUUAUUGUUGUUGGUGGUGGUAUAUCUGGUCUUGCAGCGGCUCGUCUUCUCCAUGACGCUUCCUUUAAGGUGACAUUGCUCGAAUCACAAGAUAGACUCGGUGGCCGGAUUCUUACUGAUUACUCAUUUGGUUGUCCAGUAGAUAUGGGAGCAUCAUGGCUACAUGGUGUUUGCAAUGAGAAUCCCUUGGCUCCACUUAUACGCCGUCUAGGACUUACUUUAUAUCGUACUAGCGGCGACAACUCCGUGUUGUAUGAUCAUGAUUUGGAAAGCUUUGCGCUUUUCGAUAUGGACGGCAAACAAGUUCCUCAGCAGAUGGUCGUUGAAGUUGGUGAUAUAUUCAAGAGAAUUCUCACUGAGACAGAGAAAGUAAGGAAUGAACAUACUGAUGACAUGUCUGUUCACCAAGCAAUAAUGAUUGUCUUGAAUAGGCAUCCAGAGUUAAGACAAGAAGGACUUGCUCAAGCAGUGUUGCAAUGGUACAUGUGUCGAAUGGAAGCAUGGUUUGCUGCAGAUGCAGAUAUGAUAUCACUGAAAAACUGGGAUCAGGAGCAUGUUCUCUCUGGUGGUCAUGGACUUAUGGUGGAAGGUUAUGAUCCCAUAAUAAAGACUCUUGCAAAAGAUAUCGAUGUGCGGUUGAGUCACAGGGUCACAAAGAUAUCAAAUGGUUGUAAUAAGGUGAUGCUCACAACUGAAGAUGGCAGAAACUUCAUUGCAGAUGCGGCUAUCAUAACCGUACCUCUUGGGGUUCUUAAAGCCAAGUUGAUCGAGUUCGAACCCACCUUACCAGAGUGGAAAAUGUCUGCAAUUUCUGAUCUUGGGGUGGGCAAUGAAAACAAAAUUGCCUUACGAUUUGAUAAAGUUUUCUGGCCGAAUGUAGAGCUCUUAGGAGUUGUUGCACCUUCUUCUUAUGGAUGCGCUUAUUUUCUCAAUCUUCACAAGACAACGGGGCAACCAGUCCUUGUCUAUAUGUGUGCUGGAAGGUUUGCAUAUGACCUUGAAAAUCUAGAUGAUGUUGCUGCUGUUAAAUUUGUGAAUGAUCAGCUCAAGAAUAUGUUACCCGAAGCAACUGAGCCGGUUCAAUAUCUUGUAUCACAUUGGGGAACAGACCUGAAUUCCCUUGGAUGUUACUCUUUGGAUUUGGUUGGAAAGCCAGCAGAUGUAUACGAGAGGCUUCGAGCACCUUUGGGUAACCUUUUCUUUGGAGGGGAAGCUGUUAGCAUGGAUCAUCAAGGAUCAGUACAUGGGGCUUAUGCAGCAGGAUUAAUGGCAGCUGAAAACUGUCAGAAUCAUCUCUUGGAGAAACUUGGUAGAUUGGAAAAGUUGCAGUGUGCUUAUGUUGGCGAUGAAGUGCUCGAAGCAAUUGUUCCGCUGCAAAUCUCAAGGAUUUGAGUCCUUUUUGAUACACCGAGAAGAGACAAAUAGUCUUUAUCAUUCAAAUUUCAUAUGUCGCUCAUCCUUGUUUUACACUUUUACCUUUUAGAUUUAUCAGUUAACCCUCAUUCACAAUGUUUAGAAAUGUUCUAGGUUUGAAAUUUUUAUCGCUGUUGUUGAACAUGGAAAAACCAAAGUGUUCUCAAUGGCCAACUACUUUAUAAGCUUCAAAGUUUCAGAGCGUCCGAACA